AUGGACACUCUAGAACUUCAAGGCGAGGAGAAAUUAAUCGAAGUCAGCCACCUGCUCAAGACUCUACGGUCAGACUUGAACCAGAGAUCCCUCCAGACGUCCCAGCUGAUUGAGUCCCUACAAAAACUUCGAGUCCAUGGCCGAAAGCCGCAGAAUGCGGACCCAAUAUAUGAAAAGGAGGGUAUAGCGACACUAUCUGCCUACGGGUUUGAUGAGCCGGAUGCAAUCAUAUAUCGAGAAGCUCUACGAUGUUUAGCAAAUGCGUUGCUACUCGAGAAAGCGACACGCCAACGGUUUGUCGAUCUAGGGAAUGGGAAAAAAGCAGCAGAGAAGUUGAAGGAGGAGAACUCAGACGAUGAAUUUUUAUGCUCACGACUACUGUUCUUAACGACUUACGAUUCAGAUCUGGAUUUUGACAAGUUGUUCAGCGAGUGCGCUCUGGGAGAGAGUAUCAAUAACCACAUAUAUCGACAUUCCAAGCAGUUUUCCAAAGGAAAAAAGAAGAAACUUACACCCAUCGAUGAGCUUGCCCUCUCAGAGACCCUCAAACUGAUGUUUAACAUCACCAACUACUACCCUCAUCAAGUUGCGACAUUCUCGCCGUCCAUACCCCACAUACUCAAAGUCCUAAGUCGUAUUGAGAUACCAACUCCACCGCUACAAGCGCCAGUCAAUUACCUCGUCAACUCAUUGCUGAACUUAGAUCUCGCAGCAGAGAAAAGCAAGCCGUUCAGCACCAACCCGCUCUUUCCAAAGUUUGACCAGAACUGCAAUGUGGAUAAACUUAUUAACAUCCUUGAUCAAGCGGUGGCCAUGCAUAAACCAUCGGAUCUAGAGACUCUUGCUGUUCCACUGCUCACUCUCCUAAGGAAGAUAUAUUCUUUCGCCCCGGAGGGUCCGAGGAAAUACAUGGAGUGGCUUCUUCUGCCAGAAGAUAAUGAUCACGAUUUACCUAUAGGACAAUCCAAUACCCUAUCUUCCCGCUUACUACGACUCUCAACGUCUCCCGUAGCACCCAGCCUACGGGAUGGCAUUUCAGCGCUCAUGUUUGAGUUAUCGGGAAGCAAUGCCAAUGACUUUGUGAGAAAUGUAGGGUACGGUUUUGCAGCUGGCUUCCUCAUGUCUCAUGACAUGGCUAUCCCAGAAAGCGCGAAGGAGGCCUACAGCUCCAAGGGUAAUAAGGAAUUUAAUUCAGCAAUUAAUCCAAUUACCGGUCAACGUUUUGAUGCCGAGCCUGUGGACAAUGGACCCGAGAUGACCGAAGAAGAGAAGGAACGAGAAGCGGAAAGACUCUUUGUGCUGUUUGAGAGACUACGUGCUACAGGGGUUGUUGAUGUUGAGAACCCCGUUCGAACGGCCUUGGAGCAAGGGAGAAUAGAAGAACUUGACUAG